AUGCUGUGCUUCCUGGUGUUCGCCACCCUAGUCCUUUAUGGAAACAGCAUCCCGAACUUUCCAGAAACUAAUGCUCGGGUGGUUGGAGGGACUGAGGCCCAGAAGAAUUCCUGGCCCUCUCAGGUUUCCCUCCAGUACCAGUCUGGAAGUUCCUGGUUUCACACUUGUGGAGGGACCCUCGUCAAAGAGAACUGGGUGUUGACAGCGGCUCACUGCGUGGACCACCCAAUGGUCUUCCGUGUGGUGGCUGGGGACCACAACCUCGGAAAGGAAGAAGGGACGGAGCAGUACAUGGAAGUGGAUAAGAUCGUGAUACACCCGAACUGGGACAGCAAGGACGUGGCUGCCGGCCAUGACAUCGCCCUGCUGCGCCUAACCCAGAGCGUUACCCUCAAUAGCUAUGUCCAGCUGUCUGCUCUGCCCCUGAAAGGAAUCAUUCUGAGAAACAAAUAUCCUUGCUCCAUCACAGGCUGGGGCAGGACCAGGACCGAAGGACAGCUAGCCCAGACCCUUCAUCAGGCGCCCAUGCCCACCGUGGACCAUGCCACCUGCUCUCACCCUUCCUACUGGGGUUCCGCCGUGAAGACCACCAUGAUGUGUGCUGGUGGAGAUGGAGUUACUGCUGGAUGCCAGGGUGAUUCUGGAGGUCCCCUCCACUGCUCGGUGAGAGGCAAGUAUUCUGUCUACGGAGUGACCAGCUUUGUGUCCAGCCUGGGCUGUAAUGUCUCCAUGAAGCCCACAGUCUUCACCCGGGUCUCUGCUUACAUCUUUUGGAUAAAUAGGGUUUUUCAAAACAACUGA